AUGAAUGAUUUGGGAUUGGGUUACGAGAAAAUCCAUGCAUGUCCGAAUGAUUGCAUGUUAUAUUGGGGCGAAUUUGCAGGAAAAAGUGAGUGUCAUAUCUGCCACAGAUCAAGCUGGUGGAAGAAUGUGAAAGAAAAGGAGGGUGAGAGUAGUGUGAAAGACAAAGGAACAUGUAAGAAGGGUGUUCCAGCUAAAGUGAUGCGGUACUUUCCUCUGAUCCCUAGACUAAAGAGACUUUACAUGUCAUCUAAAACAGCAGAGGACAUGAGAUGGCAUUUUGACCGCAAGGAUGGAAAUAUCAUAAGUCACCCGUCGGAUAGUGAAGCUUGGAAAAUGUUUGAUAAAAGAUAUGAGGAAUUCGCCAAAGAUCCUCGUAGUGUUAGAUUGGGUCUAGUAAGUGAUGGCUUUAAUCCAUAUCGUUUGAUGAAUACUAGUUACAGUACAUGGCCAGUGAUCCUGAUUCCUUAUAAUUUGCCACCGUGGCUUUGUAUGAAGUCGACAUCAUUUAUUUUGUAUGUGCUUAUUCCGGGGAAACAGGGUCCUGGUAUGGAUAUUGAUGUGUACUUGCAACCAUUAAUCCAUGAGUUAAAAUUGUUGUGGGAAGGUGUAGAUGCCUUUGAUGCUUAUAGCGGAAAAAAUUUCAAGACGCGAGCAUCCUCACACUCCACUAUAAAUGACUUUUCAGCAUAUGCUAUGUUGUCGGGUUGGAGUACAAGAGGUUAUAAAGCUUGCCCUUCGUGUGUUGAUUCUACUCAUUCUUAUUGUUUUGGUGGUAAAAUUGUCUACCCUAGGUGUCGAAAAUGGUUACCAGUUGACCAUCCUUAUCGUUCUCAAACAAAUGAAUUUGAUGGGACAGAGGAACAUGGUCUUGCUCCGGUUCAUAAAGUCAAAAGUUGUUCAGAAAAAAGAGGGAGACUAGAAGAUGAUGAAAUUGAUGAUGAUGAUGAUGAUGAUGAUAAUGAUGAUAAUGACCAGGAUGAGUCUAAUUGUGUUCUGUGGAAAAAGAAAAGUAAGAUUUUUGAAUUAGAAUAUUGGGAACAUAAUCCUCUUAAACACAACUUAGAUGUUAUGCACAUUGAGAAGAAUGUAUGUGACAAUUUCUUAGGAACUCUUUUAGAUAUGAGCAAGAGUAGAGAUGAUAAGAAUGCUAGAUUGGCCCUUAAAAAACUGAACAUAAAAUCUCAUCUUUGGCCUCAAUCUCAUCCAAGUCGUGUUAACGACUAUUUGCCUCCGGCUGCAUACACCAUGUCUAAAGAAGAGAAAGAAAGAUUUCUUACAGUCCUACAAAAUCUUAAAGUUCCUGAUGGCUAUGGAUCUAAUUUGCAAAGAGCAUCUAAUGCUACAAAAGUAAUUGAUUUGCUCGAUGAAUUGUCGUACUUUUUCAAGAAGAUAUGUUCAACUGCUAUUGAAAGAAGUGAAUUAGAUACCAUUCAGUCGAAGCUUGUGUUGACUCUUUGUAAGAUGGAGAAAGAGUUUAUGCCAACUUUUUUCACAAUCAUGGUGCAUCUACUAAUUCAUCUAGUGGAGGAGGUCAAACUCGGUGGACCUGUUCAUUAUAGGUGGAUGUAUCCCAUUGAGAGGUAUUUGGCCUUUUUGAAAUCUCAUGUAAGCAAUAAAGCGCAACCAGAAGGAUCCAUAGCUGAAGGGUACCUUUUAUGGGAAACAAUUUCUUUUUGUUCGAGAUAUUUAGAAAGUGUCGAGACCAUAUUCAACAGACCGAAAAGGAAUGAAGAUGGUGUUCCAGACAUCAACAACUAUUUAUAUGGCUCUGCUGGUCGUGUAGUUGGGAUGAAAAAGAAUGUCCGUGUUGAUGACAAAAUUUUAAAGCAAGCACAUCGUUAUGUUUUGCUUCAUUCAGAUGAGAUGAAACCGGCCAAUAACCUAGAUGAUAGCACAAAAGAAGGAAAAUUGAGAAAAGCCUUGGCCUAUGGUCUAAGCAAUCGCGGCAAAAGGAUGAAAAGUGUUAUUAUCAAUGUCUAUAAGUUUGACACCGUGGACCGUGAGCGAUCUCGAAAGACUCAAAAUUCCGGAAUUAUAUUAGAAGCUGAUGGCCAAGAGUAUUACGGAAAACUUAAUGACAUAUUAGAACUUGAUUAUUAUGGUUCUUUCAAGGUUCUAAUGUUCCGAUGUGACUGGGUUGAUGUACGGAGGGGUGUCAAAACAUACUCGAACGGUAGAAUUCGUGUCAAUUUCUCAAAGUUGAUGCACACUGGUCAAAAUUUGGAUGAUGAUCCAUUUAUUUUCUCUUCUCAAGCAAAACAAGUUUUUUACAUUGAGGAUGAGAUACAAAAAUGA